AUGUUCCAGAAUCGGUUUGUGCCGUUCCAUGUCCGUAAUAUCACGAGACUGUGCAAACUAUCGUCAUAUUCUCCCAUCGAAGGGCUGGCCAAAACAAAAUGCCUUGGCUGCGGUAAGCGGCGGAUGUAUUUUUGCUAUGAUUGCCGUGUUCUUUUGCCUGGCGUGUAUUCCCCACAGGUUGAGUUACCCUGCGAUGUAGAUAUAGUGAAGCACCCGAUGGAAAAGAAUAGCAAAAGCACGGCUGUCCACUGCAAAAUUGUAGCUCCUGAACAAACGCGGAUUUUCGAUGUUCCAAACGUAUAUGAUUACGCUGCGGAGGAAGCUAUAAAUGAGCAAGGAAGCAAUGUAAGCAUUAUGGAGCACAUACAUACGAAUACUAAAGCAGCAAGUUCUUACUCUUUAGGUGCUGGUGUUUCCUUCACCGUCAGCAGUCUCUAUACAGGAAUUUGUUCGGACAAAGGGUCCAAUAAAACGAUUUGUCGUUCUGGAUUGUACAUGGUUCCAGAUCUUCCAUGCGUCUCAUUGACUAACUACCGCACCGCUUUCUGGAGACCUCAGCAUAACGUCGGUGAUUAUGGUUUGGCAACAAUCGAAGCUAUUUAUUAUGCUCAACGAGAGUAUCACGAGCACGCUACUGGACGGCCGUAUGGAGGAGAGUUCGAUGACCUGUUGUAUUGGUUUUUCCACACUCAACGAUAUGUGGAUAAAAGGCAGGACGAAUACCGUAAACGGAAGUUUGACCAAGCUGAAAGCGCAGAAAAACCUGAUCGUUCUGUAAGCCACUAA